AUGAAAAAUAGUUGAACAAAAUGAAUCGGAUUGACAGGGUGUAAACAAUAAUAAAUAACAGCAUAUGUUUGAUUGUUUGUUACAUUUACGGAAUAAUACUACAUUAUAUUUUAAGUAAUCCGUUCAAGUAAAGUAUUGCAAUCUCAUUAUUAUUGAUUAAAAAAAUUGACUUAUGGAGUUUAUUGAAGAUAUUCCAACGCCAAAUUUGGACAAUGUUGUCAUGCAUGGUUCAUUUGGCAAAAAGAUAGAGGGAACCUUAUGUUUAACUGGCCACUAUAUUCUCCUGUCUUCUCGGACGGAACACAAUGAUGAACUUAUGAUGCUGACAAUCAAUGUGGAUGCUGUAGAGAGAAAGUUGAAUGGACCAACUGGAGGCAGUGUUAUUUUGAAAUGCAAGGACUUUAGAAUCAUUCAGUUGGAUAUUUCGCCAUUAGAAGCUUUCAACAAUGUCGCUACUUCAAUUGAAACUUUAUCUUCAUUUGAAGAUCAAACAAAGUUUUACCCUUUCUUUUUUCGACCAAACUAUCCCAUAUUAGAAGAUGGCUGGACGGCCUUUCAGCCGGAACUGGAGUUCAGCAAACUGCUGCAGGGUGAUGAUUGGAGGAUAACAUAUGUUAACUCAGAUUUCAAGGUUUGCCCAACUUACCCUAAAGCACUUGUAGUUCCUAAGAAAAUUGAUGACAAGACAAUCAUGGCUUCUGCAAAGUUUCGAGAUGGUGGUCGGUUCCCAGUGCUCAGCUACAGGCAUGAAAAAGGUACUGUUCUAUUGCGUAGCUCUCAGCCUCUCACAGGGGCCAGCUCUCAUCGCUGUAAGGAGGACAAGGAUCUCCUCGAUGCGGUUCUGGGACCUGGCACGCGAGGCUAUGUUAUUGAUACUCGCUCUCCUGCAGCUGCACAAGCCGCUAAAUCCCGAGGUGGAGGGUUUGAGUUGGAAAUGCAUUACCCUCAGUGGCGCCGGGUCAGCAAACCCAUAGAGCGCUACACUGGUCUGCUUGACUCCCUCACACGUCUUAUUGAAGCUUGCAAUGACACAUCCCUGUCCAUGGACAGGUGGCUGUCCAGGCUGGAGUCCAGCAACUGGAUAAGUCAUGUUAAGGACACUCUCAAUUGUGCAUGCAUCGUGGCUCAGUGUUUAGAGGAGGAGGCCAGGUCUGUACUGGUACAUGGCUCUGAGGGUCUGGAUGCUACACUUCUUGUCACAUCUCUCACACAGAUCAUCCUUAACCCUGAUUGCCGCACAGUUCGAGGUCUGCAGGCUCUUGUGGAGAGGGAAUGGUUGCAGGCUGGACAUCCAUUUCCUCGGCGACACUCACACUCCGUGUACUCUCCCAGCCGCAGCAAGCAGAACGCUCCCACAUUUCUGCUGCUACUCGACUGUAUCGUGCAGAUCCAGACACAGUUCCCUUGUAGCUUUGAGUUUUCAUCCUCUCUACUUAUGUUGCUUUUUGAGCACUCUUACAGUUCACAGUUUGGUAAGAUCAACUAAAUCAAAUCAAAAUCGUUUA